UAAAGUAGCUUUAAUUACAGAUCGGCAUGUCCACAAAUAACUAUGAAUGUCGCAUUUUAUGAAAAUAUUACAAGUGAAGUGUAUUUAGAUGUUAAUUUAGCCCGGUUGUCUGCGCCAGUACUUCACAUACGAGCGGGGACUACGAGGUCUGCGGGGGGGUCCAACCACCACCACGGCAUCGACGACUCGAGCGGCGAGGACCGAACAUACACAGCGACACAGAACACUACUGGAACGAUAUAGAAUCGCACGCGCGACUCGCGGCUAAGAUUGCAUUAAUACUUUAUAUACAGUCCACAAUAAAACCUCAAGAACAAAACCUUUAUUUUACUGAGCUACCGAACAUAAUGGUCCCAAGUGGAAGAAGAGCCGUCUUAUAAGUCGCCGUGAAGAAUUUUACCAACAAGAUUCAAUCAUUCGGACUUUCUACCCGACCCGCCCGACAUUACAACGUAAAAAAGUGUCGUCUUCAAGGAUCGAGAUUAAAACCGAACUGAAAUCGAAACUAUUUCAGAAGAUGAAGAGAAAGAGUACGCAGAACGGGAGCAGUUUGAGACUGUUUAUUUUACAGUCACUGCGCUUGCGCAUAGCAUGUUGGAACCAACAUCCAGUAGUGGGCAAACCAGUUACGGUGGAUCCGGGACGAUCUCAAAUGAAAAGAAAGAUUUUUUUCGUCUUCCGGACAUCAACCUACCCUCUUUCGAUGGAGACUUGCAUCACUGGCUCGAGUUCCGAGAUAUGUAUAUUUCUCUUAUACACGACAAUACACGUAUUAAUGAAAUUAGUAAAUUCCAUUAUUUGCGCACGUCUCUGAAGGGAAAUGCGUCAUCAGUGAUUCAAAGCCUAGAAUUUACAGCUAAUAAUUACAAAAUUGCAUGGGAAUUAUUAACGGAAAGAUACAACAAUAAAAAAAAUCUUAUUAAUAAUCAUAUUCAGGCUUUAUUCAACGUUGAACAAGUGCAAAAAGAUUCAUCAAAGUCAUUAAGAUUUUUAGUAGAUAUUAUUAAUAAAAAUUUAAGAUCACUAAACAUCUUGGAUCAGCCCACAGACCAAUGGGAUGUCUUGAUUAUAUUCAUGAUGAGUAAAAAACUAGAUUUUAUUUCAAACAGGCAGUGGGAAGAGUUUAAAAGUUCAUUAAGUGAGCAACCAACUUUAAAACAAUUUAUCACAUUUUUAAAUAACAGAGCAGAAUUAUUAGAAACACUUAGUAGCAACAAACAACUACACAAAAAUCCUCAAACUGACACACAAGUUCAUAAAUCAAAGUCAUUCGCUAUAGUUACAAACAAUACAAAUCAAAUAAAACAUCCUAUCUGUCCACUGUGUAAACAAAAUCAUUAUCUAUUCAGUUGCGAUGCAUUUAGAGCUUUAGACGUUAACUCACGUAUUAAUAAAGUUUCCACCUACCAUAAUCUUUGUAAAAAUUGUUUACGCACAGGUCAUCAAGACAAAAAUUGUAGACUUACCCACUGUAAAUAUUGUAACGCACGUCACAACACUCUCCUUCACCGAGAAGUUGACAAAAAUACAACUUCGAACAUAAACACAGAAAACAUAGUAUUGUCUGUACACACAAAUUCGUCAUCAAACAUCCAUUCAACUAUUGCACCCAAUCAUCAAACCAAUGUAUUACUUUCCACAGCGAUGGUUAAAGUGAUGGACAAGAAUGGACGUUGUCACAACGCCCGGGCUCUGCUAGACAACGGCAGUACUUCUAACUUCGUGACCUCCGACCUCUGCGAGAAACUAGGUCUGCCGCGUCAUAACACAAACUCAACUGUCAUCGGAAUCAACAGUAAACUUUCAUCUAGUACUAAAAUGUGUACAUUGUCACUACAAGCUUGUAAUGGCAGCUAUAAGGCGAGCGUCGAUUGCUAUAUAUUGCCAAAUAUCACUACAUCAUUGCCUUCAACAUUUAUAUACAAAGAACACAUACCCAUACCUACCGGAAUCGAACUAGCCGACCCCUCUUUUAACGUUCCUUCGGCUAUUGAUAUACUAGUCGGGGCUAGCAUCUUUUGGAACAUUUUAGGAUCAAACACAAUAAGCCUAGGUAAACAUCAACCCACUUUACGUGAAUCCAAACUAGGAUGGAUUGUGUCUGGCAGUGUUCUUCAACAUUCCUCUUAUAAAAAUACUCACACGCAUUGCCACUUCACUCAAUCUCUUGAAUCUCAGCUUAGUCGGUUCUGGGAGUUAGACUCAGUCUCUUCUAGUCAUUCUUUGUCUAAGGAAGAACGAGAAUGCGAGGCAAUCUUUAGAGAGACAACAAGACGAAAUAAAAAAGGUGAGUUUAUAGUUACUAUUCCUCUUAAACAUUCACCUGACGUUUUGGGAUAUUCAUACACAAAAGCAAAAUUAAGAUUUCUUUCUGUAGAGAGAAAAUUACAGCGCGAUGAGAAACUGAAGAAUGAUUAUCAUAAUUUUAUGCGUGAGUAUAUAAAUCUUGGGCAUAUGAUACAAAAUACACCUCAUACACAUAAAUCAACAUCAAACAAUCACUCUUCUAACAUAACGUCGGACACUCAUUCAUCGUACAUAACAAAAAACGUUCAUUCAUCGGACAACACAUCAAAUAACAAUCCUUCUAGCAUUACGUCAAACAUACAAUCACAUAACACAACAUUAAACACAUCCAUACAACAAUCCGAACCAUACAACACUUCAAACAUAAUACCGAAAUCUACAUCUGAGAAUCUGCACGUAACUUCAUUUAAUAAAAACAUAAAUAAUUACUUACCUCAUCAUGGAGUGAUACGGGAAUCCAGCACAACCACUAAACUACGAGUAGUGUUUGAUGCAUCAGCAGCGACGUCCUCCGGUAAGUCAUUUAAUGACAUACAGCACAUUGGCCCUACAGUACAAGACGAUCUUCUUUCCAUCCUGCUGCGAUUCAGGCAACACAAAUAUGUGGUUACCAGCGAUGUGGAGAAAAUGUAUCGGGCUAUACAAGUAGAACCUUCUCAACGUAGUUUACAGCAAAUAUUAUUUAGAUUUGAUCCGUCAGAACCGUUGCAUACUUACAUUCUGAACACUGUAACAUACGGAACGGCAUCCGCUCCCUUCUUAGCUACUCGAUGUUUAAUUGCUCUUGCUGAUGAAUGCACAGACCCAGAGACUAAACGAGCAAUAGCACAUGACUUUUAUAUGGAUGACUAUUUGGGAGGGGGUAAUUCAAUUGAGAUGGUAACAAAACUUUGUCGUAAUAUUAUCAAUACACUAGACUCAGCAAAAUUUAACUUACGUAAAUGGCGAUCUAAUAGUACAAAAAUAUUGCAAACUAUUUCUGAAAUUAAGGCAGAUAAAGAUAAGACGUUAAAUUUGAAUAACUCUGCGCCGAGCAAAACUCUUGGUCUUCACUGGAACUCUGAAUCAGAUAACUUCUUCUUUUUGUUAAAUUCACAUCAGACCUUUAAAGUCACUAAACGCACAAUCUUGUCAGAAAUUAGUCAGGUUUUCGAUCCUUUGGGGCUCGUCGGACCAUGCAUUGUUGAAGUCAAAUUAAUAAUACAACAGUUAUGGAAAACCAAGUCCGACUGGGAUGAAGAAGUUCCAAUCAACUUAAAAACAUCAUAUUUGAGCUUAAUGCAAUCACUUCCAUCACUUAAUAAUAUAAAUAUUCCUCGAUGGUCCUUUAACGACGACACUGUUACCAUCGAAAUUCAUACGUUCUCAGACGCAUCAGAACGCGCUUACGGAGCGAGUUGUUAUAUUAAAACUAUUACAAGUAAUGGCAAUAUUCGCGUUCGCCUUUUAGCUUCUAAGAAUAAGAUUGCACCCAUUAAGUCAAGUACAAUACCUCGUCUUGAAUUAUGCGCGGCCUUAUUAGGUACUAGACUAUAUAUAAAAAUUAUCAAGUCACUCACUGUUCAGUUUGAUCGUUCUUACUUCUGGACAGAUUCUACUAUUGUGCUAGGAUGGCUAACCGCACCUUCUAAUCGCUUAAAAUCGUUCGUUCGAAAUAGAAUUAAUGAAAUACAUGAAAGUACGAAUGGUCACAGCUGGAGCUACGUACCGUCUAAAGAGAACCCAGCAGACCUGGUUUCUCGGGGGGCGAGGGCUGAUGUACUCAGCGCAUCCAGUCUGUGGUGGAUUGGUCCAUCUUUUUUACAUUCAACACAUUCACAAUUUCCAGUCAAUCCUAACGCACAAACACUAAAAAACCUUCCGGAGAUGUCUUUUGUUGUUAACACUACAGAAAAUUCAAUUGUCAUGUUAAUGAAUAAAAUAUCAGACUUUUCGAAAUUAUUAAGAAUUACAGCAUACAUCAAAAGAUUUAUUUAUAAUUUAAAAAAUAAAAACUCACGGAAUACAGAUAAUAAUUUAUUAUUUACGGAAAUAUCUUCAGCUCACAAUACCUUAAUUCGUCUUGCACAGCAGGAUACGUUUCCGGAGGAAUAUCAUAUUCUCAAAUCAAACCAAAUUUUGCCCUCGAAAAAUAGACUUUUAUCUCUUUCUCCUUUUCUCGACUCUGACGACAUUAUUCGAGUUGGAGGUCGACUCAAUAAUUCUUUCUACAGUUACGAUGUUAAACACCCAAUACUCUUGUGCAGUAAACACAUUCUUACGAAACUUAUUUUUGUUAAACAACACAAAGAUUCCCUUCACGCUAACCCUUUACUUCUACUUUCACAAAUAAGACAGAAAUACUGGCCGCUUGGUGGGAGAAAUUUAGCGAAGCGUAUAGUAGGCUUAUGUAUUCGCUGUGUUAGGCAGAAGGCUAAAACUACACAGCCCGUUAUGAGCGACUUACCGAGCGAUAGGCUGCAGUUAGAAUUUCCAUUUCUGAAUACUGGAAUUGAUUACGCCGGGCCGGUGAUGAUUCUCAAUCGAAAGGGGCGUGGUGGUAAACUGAUAAAAUCAUAUAUUUGUGUUUUUAUUUGCUUUGCAGUGAAAGCGUUGCAUUUGGAGAUCGUCUCGGAUCUUACCAAGGAGGGCUUCCUUAGCGCACUCGAUCGCUUCAUUGCCCGUCGAGGGAAACCGCAGAAUAUUUACUGCGAUAAUGGAACUUCGUUCGUUGGAGCCUCCAACUAUUUAAUUCAUAAUUGUGUUAAUGACAUCAACAGUCUAGGUAUAAGGUUUAAAUUUAUUCCCGUUUACUCACCUCAUUUCGGUGGACUGUGGGAAGCUGCCGUUAAGUCUGUUAAAUUUCAUUUGGUAAGAAUAUUGGGUCAAUCACACUUAACUUAUGAAGAGAUGACAACUUGUCUGGCACAGAUUGAGUCUAUUUUAAAUUCUAGACCUCUUACACCGAUGUCAUCAGAUCCAUCUGACUUAACCUUCCUUACGCCCGCCCAUUUCCUUAUUGGUCGGCCACUCACUUCGGUACCAUAUCCCGACAUCACGGAAGCCAACAUCACUCGUCUUCAACGUUUCCAACGAGUUGAAAGCCUAAAGCAACAUUUUUGGAGGCGAUACUCUAAUGAAUAUGUUUCUCUCUUACAACAGAGAUACAAAUGGAAAAAAUCUUCAGGUCAACUGCAGAUCGGUGCAAUGGUCAUUAUCAAGGACAAGACAUUGCCGCCAAUGAUGUGGCUUUUGGGACGAAUAGUUCGUCUCGUACAUGGCAACGACGGCAUCGCGAGGGUUGCUGACAUUGCAACCACGAAAGGCAUACUACGCCGGGCAUACAAUAACAUAUGCCCGCUUCCUGUGGACUCCUCGGAGAUCCAUAUUGAAAAAGACGACUCUUCAACGCCGGGGAGGAUGUCUGCGCCAGUACUUCACAUACGAGCGGGGACUACGAGGUCUGCGGGGGGGUCCAACCACCACCACGGCAUCGACGACUCGAGCGGCGAGGACCGAACAUACACAGCGACACAGAACACUACUGGAACGAUAUAGAAUCGCACGCGCGACUCGCGGCUAAGAUUGCAUUAAUACUUUAUAUACAGUCCACAAUAAAACCUCAAGAACAAAACCUUUAUUUUACUGAGCUACCGAACACCGGUAAUUGUAGA